AAGUUAAAGUAACCAACGAGCCGGAUCCCAAACGACCAAACCCGAAAUAAAAUCUCACCCAACACCCAGUUUCCCCCAAAAACACCCCUAUUACCUCUUGGACCCAUCUUCGUUGAUCGAAUCGCCAGCGAUAUCGACACUUUCUCCCUCACCGGUCACCGGGAAGAAAAGAACCUGAAAGCAUGGCGCCGGCGAAGAAGGGGAAAGCGAAGGCCGAACCCAGGGCGCAGCCUCUGCCACAAACAUCAGACAAAUUUCCGUCUUGUAUAAGGAUCAUGUCUCCUUCUUCCGUCGCCGUAACCAUCCACGCCAAACCCGGAUCCAAAUCCGCAUCCGUAACAGAUAUCAGCGAUGAAGCGGUAGGAGUUCAAAUCGACGCGCCUGCCAGGGAUGGAGAAGCAAACGCCGCUCUUCUCAAUUACAUUAGCUCUGUUUUAGGUGUAAAACGAAGGCAGGUUUCUAUAGGAACUGGUUCUAAAUCAAGAGACAAGACGGUGAUUGUGGAGGAUGUAACUCAGCAAUUUGUUUUUGACGCAUUGGAUAAAGUCUCAAAGCAGCAGUGACCAAGAGAGAAGUUUUGUAAAACUUGUUCUUCGUUGUUGUUCUUGGUUUGUAUUUUAUAUAAGAACUUAUAAGGAUUAUGGUUAAUUAAUGUUCAUUGCUUUGAUGGAUUACAGAAA